CUCCUGGGCUACAGCGAAAAGCCAGUAAACCUACAAAUGUUCAUCGGAACAGCAGAUGAUCGCUACUUAAGACCUCAUGCGUUCUACCAGGUGCACCGAAUCACUGGAAAAACAGUUGCAACAGCUAGUCAAGAGAUAAUAAUUGCCAGCACAAAAGUUUUGGAAAUACCACUUCUUCCUGAAAAUAAUAUGUCAGCCAGUAUCGAUUGUGCUGGUAUUUUGAAACUUCGCAAUUCAGAUAUAGAGCUCCGUAAAGGAGAGACAGAUAUUGGAAGAAAGAAUACCAGAGUGCGACUUGUGUUUCGUGUUCACAUCCCACAACCUAGUGGAAAAGUCUUAUCUCUGCAGACUGCUUCCAUACCUGUUGAAUGCUCUCAGCGAUCUGCUCAAGAACUUCCUCAGAUUGAGAAGUACAGCAUCAAUAGCUGCUCAGUAAAUGGAGGCCAUGAAAUGGUGGUGACAGGAUCCAAUUUUCUUCCAGAAUCCAAAAUUAUAUUUUUUGAAAAAGGACAAGAUGGACGACCACAGUGGGAAGUAGAAGGGAAAAUAAUUAGGGAAAAGUGUCAAGGGGCAAACAUCAUACUUGAAGUUCCUCCAUACCAUAACAAAACCAUUACAGCUGCAGUUCAGGUGCAGUUUUAUCUCUGCAAUGGCAAGAGGAAAAAAAGCCAGUCUCAACGUUUUACUUAUACACCAGGUAUUAAAUACAAAAAUAAAAUAGAAUGCAACGUUUUGGUUUUUGAAGUAGACAUUUGA